AUGGAGCUACUCAAUCUGAAAAACGAAGAAAACAUGUCAGUGCACACGAUGAGAUACUCGGACCUGCAGUUCGAAACGAACACGGACAUCUCCUCUGUUGAGGAGUCCCCCUUCUUCUCCGUUGGAGAUUUCCCUAAUGAAUUACACAGCAGCUUUGACGAUAUUUCAGACUACAUCCUGGUAGAUGAAUCGGAUUUGAAGAGGGAGAGAUCAGAUAUCACUAGCUGUGAAAGUAAUAUGCUUAUGGGGACAAAGGGUGGAGGAGCAAGCGUUAUUCCUAUCAAGCGAAAUACAACCGUGAAAAUAAAGAAGGAAAUGAAGAGCGCUAGCUACUCGGAGGAAAGUAAAACAGGAAGUGAUAAUACCAACCUUGAUGAGAAUAAAAAACCAGGGCUAUGUAGGACCCUUGGGACGGAGGGUAGGAAAAGGAUGCUAAAAUUAUUGAGGAAGGCCUACAAGUAUAAUGAUGAGUGUAAAGUUAUAAUGAAAAAUAAAAACCCCCCACUGUCCAUUAGUUACUUGCCUUAUUUUAAUCUAUCCAUGCUGUGGCAGCUAGCUGAAGAUUUCGGAGUGUAUAAUGAAGCUUUAAAAAUCCAUAAGGAGUGCAUUAAGAAAAGGAACGCCAAUGUACGCUUUAAGCAGAGUAGCAAAAACGCAGCGAAUUUUAAUUUACCGGAUAUGAAUAAGACAGCCAAGUCCUCCAAGUCGGAUUACAUGUCGGACUAUAUGUGCGCCAAUAUGGAUACUCAGACAGGGGAGGAUUUUGACACCACCAACACGACGCUAAAUGAUGAGGGGCAGGUUUGGGUUCAUUUUGUUGUAUAA